AUGUCAUAACAAUUUUAUAACAAAUACAAGCAUUUAUUUGAUGAUGAGAUGUUUGAUAAGAUGAAGCAUGGAUAUGAUAUGUAAAUGGCACCUCCUCAAUAAUAAAUUCCCUAGUUUAAAUUCUAAUAGCAACAACCUAAAAUUCAACAACAUUAAUCUCCCAUUUUGCAGGAAUCACCAUUUAAAAUUAGUCAGCCUUAAUCUCAAUACACACAACCUUAGGUCCAAUCUUUUUAAGCUUCCUCCUAAGAGAGAUCAACACAAAGCAGAAAGAAUUUUAACGAUGAAAGAAUAAGAAAAUAAGUUAUGCAAGACAACAUUUUCAAAUAACCAACAACAGAAUAACGAUAGGCAGAUAGAAUCUACCAAUUAAACCAACCGCAUUAAGUUUAACACCAAGAAUAACCACCCCAGGAGAGGAAAUAAUAGCAAUAAACUUACAAUGUGUUCUAAGAUUAAGACAUAUUAGAUGAUUAUGCUCCUAAGAGGUAGAGAUAACAGGUUUAGACUACUAAUGACAACUCAUAACUAAAUAAUGUUCAUAAAGUAUAUCUUUAGAGAUUAAAUGAUCUUGAAUUUAUAAGAAAAAAAUACCUUGAUCCAAAACAAUUGGUUAGAGACAUUGAUCAAAACAAUCCUUAUAAGGCUGCGUUGAUGUAGCGCAUUUUGGCAUAGAUGAAUGGAAAUUAAAGAAAGAGUAAAUUGAAAGAAGCCUUAAGAAAUUGA